CGGCCGCUAGGCGUGUGUGGCCGCAGGCGCCCGUCGCCGCUGCUGUCCCGGGGCUGAGCCGCGCCCGGGUUUCCAGGACGGUGCGUGAGCGAGUGUGUGUGUCCGCGCGGGCGAGCGCCGCGCCCGCCCGGAGCCUCUCGCUCGCUUCCACGGGCCGCGGUGCAUGUUCGCCUCCUGCCACUGUGUGCCGAGAGGCAGGAGGACCAUGAAAAUGAUCCACUUUCGGAGCUCCAGCAUCAAAUCGCUCAGCCAGGAGAUGAAAUGCACCAUUCGGCUGCUGGACGACUCGGAGAUCUCCUGCCACAUCCAGAGGGAGACCAAAGGGCAGUUUCUUAUUGACCACAUCUGCAACUACUACAGCUUGCUGGAGAAGGACUACUUCGGCAUUCGUUUUGUGGACCCAGAGAAGCAGCGGCACUGGCUUGAACCUAACAAGUCCAUCUCCAAGCAAAUGAAAUCUCAUCCACCAUACACCAUGUGCUUUAGAGUGAAAUUCUACCCACACGAACCCUUGAAGAUUAAAGAAGAGCUCACCAGGUAUCUUUUGUACCUGCAAAUUAAAAGAGAUAUUUUCCACGGUCGACUGCUCUGCUCCUUUUCAGAUGCUGCCUACCUGGGUGCCUGUAUCGUCCAAGCUGAGCUCGGUGACUACGAUCCUGACGAGCAUCCUGAGAAUUACAUCAGUGAGUUUGAGAUUUUCCCCAAGCAGUCACAGAAGCUGGAAAGAAAAAUAGUGGAAAUUCAUAAAAAUGAACUCAGAGGCCAGAGCCCACCAGUUGCUGAAUUUAACUUACUCCUGAAAGCUCACACUUUGGAAACCUAUGGGGUGGAUCCCCACCCAUGCAAGGAUUCAACAGGCACAACAACAUUUUUAGGAUUCACUGCUGCAGGCCUUGUGGUAUUUCAGGGAAAUAAGAGAAUCCAUUUGAUAAAAUGGUCGGAUGUCUGCAAAUUGAAGUUUGAAGGGAAGACAUUUUAUGUGAUUGGCGCCCAGAAGGAGAAAAAAGCCAUGUUGGCAUUCCAUACUUCAACACCAGCUGCCUGCAAACAUCUUUGGAAGUGUGGGGUGGAGAACCAGGCCUUUUAUAAGUAUGCAAAAUCCAGUCAGAUCAAGACUGUGUCAAGCAGCAAGAUAUUUUUUAAAGGAAGUAGAUUUCGAUAUAGCGGUAAAGUUGCCAAAGAGGUGGUGGAGGCGAGCUCCAAAAUCCAGAGGGAGCCUCCAGAGGUGCACAGAACCAGCAUCACUCAGAGCCGCAGCUCCCACUCCUUGAACAAACAACUCAUCAUCAACAUGGAGCCCCUGCAGCCCCUGCGGCCGUCCCCCAGCGAGCAGGAAGAGGAACUUCCACUGGGUGAGGGUGUUCCAUUGCCCAAAGAAGAUGACAUUUCUGCCCCCUUGACCUCCAGCUCACCAGUAAAGGAAUCCCAUGAGUAUGAAGAGCCCUCAAGUGAAGAGGAAGAUAAAAUAAAAGAAGAGCCCUUGACCAUCUCUGAACUGGCAUACAACCCAAGUGCCAGCCUGCUCCCUACCCCCGUUGAUGAUGAUGAGAUUGACAUGCUCUUUGACUGUCCAUCUAGGCUGGAGUUGGAAAAAGAAGACACAGAUUCGUUUGAGGAACUAGAAGCAGAUGAAAAUGCCUUUUUAAUGGCCGAAGAAGAAGAGCUGAAGGAGGCUCACCAAGCUUUGUCAUGGAGCUAUGACAUUCUGAGUGGCCAUAUUCGGGUGAACCCACUGGUCAAGAGUUUUUCCCGGCUCCUUAUGGUGGGCCUGGGCCUGCUGCUUUUUGUAUUCCCCCUGCUCCUCCUCCUUUUGGAGUCAGGUAUUGAUCUCUCCUUCUUAUGUGAAAUCCGCCAGACGCCCGAGUUUGAGCAGUUUCACUAUGAAUACUACUGUCCUCUCAAGGAGUGGGUGGCUGGCAAAGUCAACCUCGUUCUUUACAUGCUGGGUUGCUCAUAAAGCUCAUAUCUCAUAUGACUAAGGGCUAUAUUCAAUACUAGUGAUUUUUUUUUUUUCAGCAAAGGCCUUGUUCUGAAUGGUCACAGGACCAUCAACAGGUGUUCCUUACUCAUAACUGAUUAUUCAGACCUUUAAGUUAGCUUUCCAUAAUUCACUGCAAGUAAAUAAGUUUAAAUCAAAUACAGUUAUUUUAGUUACAGGUCAGGAAGAUGGCCUCUAAAUAACCAAAAAUAUGUUUAUUUUUUAUUAUAGUACAGACAUACUCUUUAUCUAUUAUAAUAAAUUGAGCUGAAUUAGAUUUCCUCCUUUUUUAAUAGUUAACACCAUUAUAAGCUAUAAGGUUCAGAAUCAGAGUUUUAGUAAAAACCCAAGAGAAACUUUUUUGAAUAUAAUCCUUAGUGAAAACAAUGUUCUCUAACCAAUGCCUAUACAACUAAAUUUAUGCUGGGCUUUUGUUUUUGUUUUUUUAAAAAUAUUUUUAUGUGUUCAAAAUAUUUUGGUAAAUUUUUAGCAAAAAAAAAAAAAGAAGCCUCCUGGAGUUAUUUAAGUGUACAGAUUGUAAGACUAACGCACAAAGGGUAUGUCAGGAAUUUUUUAAUGUUUGUUUUGGCACUGGUUUGUUUUUUAAAAUAUUUUUGGCUGAACAUAAUUUGUUGUUACCUGCAUAUGAGAUAGAAAAUAGGUAGAAAAACACUGUAGAAAGUAAUCUUCUGAAACGGAUGAUGGAACUGGAGGAAGUAGAAAUUGAGAGCAUCAGGUGGACACAGGGUCCAUUUUUCAAAGUAUUUGGACAAGAUGACUUGUUACUUUCAUUUGCAUCCUGUCCAUAUAUUUUGGCUCUGGAAAUAGAAUGUUUUUAAAAGAAAGUGAAACUUUAAAGGAAAAAAGUUAAAGGAGAUGCUAGUUAAUUGCAUAUUAUUGUAUAUUAACCCAAGAGUGGAAGCAGAUGCGAAUUGGACAACUGGUAAGUUGCAAAACAAGAGUUCUGGUGAGGCUGGUAGGCAAGUAAUGGUAGGCAAAUGAUCUAUUUUAUGAAAGUGAUGGUGAUACAAGAUAUUGGAUGAUGUAAAGAACAGUAUACUCACUGUCCAAGUUGACAUGAAUAUGUUUAAGUGGAUCUAAAUAAAAGUGGAGAAACUUGAAGGCACAUUUUUUGGUCCCUCAUGCCAUUCAUUGAGAUUCUGUGGAAGAAACUUUAAAAGAAGUGUGUGUGUGUGUGUGUGUGUGUGUGUGUGUGUGUGAGAGAGAGAGAGAGAGAGAAAGAGUGUGAAGAGAAUGGAUUUUGGCUUUUUGAUAAAUGCCUAUGAUCUUUCUUUGUGGCGGUCAUUAUACUCUUUUCCUUUCCUAGUUUCCUUAAGAUUUUAACUCAUUCAUAAUUGGGGCUCUCAUUAAGAAAGUGGAGGGGACUCAACUCAUUAGAUAAUAUACCAUUUCAGCUUGGGUGAAGUAGUGAAAUGACUCCCUAACUAGACAGUAGAUGGGACAAAUGCUCUAGUACCUUCCUUCAUACCAUUAAAUCCAUGACAGAAAGGCUCUGAUGCUUUCCAUGCACAGUAUUUACCAAUACUGUGAAAGAAAAGAGUAUGGAGCUUAGGGCAUAGAGCAUAGGGAUUUCUCCAUAGAUUGUAAAUGAAGGCAUGGAAUAUUUUCAAAGGGAUUGGGCUGCCUAUAAUCUCUCCCUAACUCCAACUCUAUCAUUAACAUAAUCUCCAAAUUGGCCAUUCCAGUCCUACUCAUUCAUGGAGCUCUAAGUGCUUUAUUAGACAUUUAAUUAUGUAAAUAAGUUUUAAAAGUCAGCUCAUGAAGCCUUCAGUUGAGCAAACUAUAGUAUAAUUUGCUAUUAAGUUUAUAGGGUGUUCUUUCUCAUGUGCACUGAGUGAUUGAUUUUGCUUUUUAAUAAAGAAUAUUUGAUACCUGAAAUUUGAUACCAAGGUAGAAAUAUAUUUUCUAUAGGUUAUUUGGAAAGUUUGCAAAUGGCCUCCUUUGAAGCUGAAGAUUUUUCCCCCCUUGUUUAUCACUUAAAGUCAUACUUUCUUACAUAAGGGUACUCCAGUGUAGUCUGCACAAAAUUAGUUCCCUCUUCUAAUCAUGCUUCAAAUCAUUUUCUUUGAAGUUCUAACCAUAACAAAUCAUCUAGCCCUUGCCCUUUUACACUAAUAUUAAAUAAUAUUUUUUAAACUAGGGAAUUAAUAUAUUAGCCAUCAUAAAACAUUGAAAAAUACUGACAGAAUAAGUAUCACACAUAGUCCAGCCAAGCAGAUCUAUAGUAAGGAAUAAUAAAUACAUAAUUUUAACAUUUCUAGCUAACAUCUCUUUUCUCUUAGGCAAAAACUUCAGUGUUGAAUAGAAAUGUUUUUAAGUGAAGGAGUUGACAGGAUAGGGUCUGCAGAAUUUAAACAAUUGCUACCAAAAGUAAAACUUGGAUCCCGAAAUGCCAUUUUGUUGGGAUAGAAUCAGAGUCUUUUGAAAUAUCUGCUUAAGUUUUCUUAGAAGACAGUCACCAGUUGCCUGAAUCAAAUGAGGAAAAGACUGCUUCCAAAGAUGGAGAAUAUAUAAUACAGUAAGAUACAGAAUUCAAAGCAAGUGUGUGAGUAUAUGUAUAUUCCAUAUUAUUGGUAUAUGUGUUUAUAUAUGAAUCUGUAUAUAUGUGUGUAUUUGUAUACACACAACUGAUAUGCCCUUCAUACAUAGUUGUUUUUAUUUUUCCCCAGUUGAGGAAUUUGUGACAUGUUAUUCCUUUUCCCUCUCAGAUAGCAUAGUGGAUAAAACCCACAGUCUCAAAGGUUUCAAUUUUCCAUGAAAACUACCAUUUGUGUACAUUUGUGGUUUUAUACACACACACAUAUGGCAAAUACAUAUACACACACAAUCUUGUCUUUAGUGCUAAUGCAAGUUGGAUCAUGAAAAAAACGUAGGUGAAGUAUCGUGUAUUUCUGUCCGUGCUUGGAACAUAUUGUAAAAUGUUAUGUAUCUGGAAUAUAUUUUGUGGUGUGUCUACUAUUUAUAAAAGACAACUCUGGGAAGAAGUCAAAAUGAAUUGAUUUCAUUGAAAUACUAGAGAGUUGGGGGCCAUGUUACCUGUGAUUGGAGCCUUAUCUUUGUAUAGUGAAAUUUGCAUUUCUGUGUCAACAGCCAGAUUGUUUUAUAUGUUAAUAUGGUGGCAGGAAUCCCUAAUAAAAAAUA